AAAUUCUAAAUCAAUAAAAUCUGAAUGGCCGAAUCCGCAAUGGGAGGCAAGAUCGAUUUGAGAUAGAAAGCAUCAGAGUUCAGAGCUGAAGCAAGUAAGCAUGGCUUCCUCCUCUUCUUCUCGAUCGGAUCAGGAUCAGGAGCGUCCAGGUUUAGGUUUAGGGUUAUGUGAAGGAGAAGAAGAGUACGGAUCAGAAUCGGGUUGGGUGGAAGCUCGAAGUUCAUGCGAUCAUCUGUGUUCCCUCUCCCCUGAUCUCAGCCAUAUUCCAGCCCCUCAGAAUACUCCCUGCUACGAGUGCCAACACCCGUCUGAAAACUGGUUGUGUCUAUCGUGUAAGGAGGUGCUGUGCAGCCGUUUUGUGAACAAACACAUGCUGUCCCACUCGCGGCGCACCAACCACUGUGUGGCACUCAGCUUCAGUGAUCUAUCAGUCUGGUGUUUCUCCUGUGACGCUUACUUGGAUGCACAACUCAUCCCACAGCUACGCCCCGUUUAUCAACUUGCCUAUAUCUUGAAAUUUGGCCAACCUCCGCCACUUCCUCAACACAAUUAAUACUUCCUCAACUUUUUAAUUGUUCAUUAUUCUCAGUACUGUCUCUGCUUUUAAUUUUUUAGUUAUCUUUUGCCUCCACUUGGCGUAU